UCUACGCACGUAUCAGUCACGUGAUUUCCUGAAAACCAUACAGGCCUCGAAGCGUUACUCGACGCACGCAUCGGUAUUGUUAUCAUUCGUAACAUCACUAUUCCGAGGCACAGGCUUCGAGGUCUGGGCAGUGGGAACCGCAGCUCUGAGCAGCGAAUCGCAGUACAGCAAACAUGGAACAGAGUGACAAAGACCAGGCACCUUCCAAUGAUGCGCAGAGCGCUAGGGUUGGUGGGCCUAACCUGCCCCAGGCCGCCCUGCAGGAGCUCCUCCGCACCCUGCGCUCCCCCAGCUCCCCGCAGCAGCAGCAGCAGGUGCUCAACAUCCUGCGCUCCAGCCCGCAGCUCAUGGGCGCCUUCAUCAAGCAGCGCGCCUCCAGGUACAAGGGUGGGGCAGGGGCCCCCGGGGGACCCGGUGGACCUGGUGGGGUCCCAGGGCCCAUGGGCGGUGGGGGCCAGCCCGUCAACGUGAACGCCGGGCCUGGUGGUCCAGGCUUGCACCUAGGCCAGGGAGUGGGCAGGCCUGUGAUGACCCAGCAGCAACUGCAGCAGCUGCAGCACCGGAUGCAACAAGCGCAGAUGCUGCGUAGGCGCAUGGCCGGCAUGGAGCGGCCCGCUGUGGCGGCGGGGGGAGGGGGAGGAAUGACCCCCCAGGCCCAGGCCCAGGCCCAGGCCCAGGCCCAGGCCCAGGCCCAGGCCCAGGCCCAGGCGCAAGCAGCCUUUCGGGCCCGCAUAGAGCAGCAGCAGCAGCUACAGCGCCGGCUGCAACAAGCGCAGAUGAUGCGCCGGCGCAUGGCCCGCAUGCAGCAUCCCAGGUCAGCCAGGCAGCGUGCAUAAUCGCAUGCCGUCUCUCACUGCUUCCCAAAAAGCGCAAACUCCACCUUCUGGUCCUCUUGGUUGGCUCAGUCGCAGCAGGCAAGAUCAAUCAAGCGCAGAAAAGCAUUUGAAUCCAAAAUAAUUCUGCAUAUGCAUAUGCAUAUGAGCUGUGUUUUCAUAUAGGGGUGACAUGGCUCAGGCUGUAAGAGCAGUCGUCUGGCAGUCGGAGGGUUGCCGGUUCGAUCCCCCGCCCAGGCUGUGUCGAAGUUUCCCUGAGCAAGACACCUAACCCCCAAAUGCUCCCGACGAGCUGGUCGGGGCCUUGCAUGGCAGCCAAUCGCCGUCGGUGUGUGAGUGUGUGUAUGAAUGGGUGAAUGGAGAAGCAUCAAUUUUACAGCGCUUUCGAUAAAGGCCUGCAAUUUUCCAUUUUACCAUUCAUAUCGAUGAUUGUAAAUCGCAUACAUUCAUAAAAAUAUAGAUUUGUUAACAUGUGAAUGUAUAAUAAAGGAUAGUCCAUUGAUUA